AUGGCAACUACAUCAUAUGAGCAUGAUGGAGCUGGUGGAAAAUUUAUACCAGCAACACAGAGACCUGAUGGUACAUGGAGAAAGCCAAGAAGAGUAAAAGAUGGAUAUAUACCACAAGAGGAAAUACCUUUAUAUGAAAGUAAAGGAAAACAAUUCAAAGCGAGACAAAACACAGGAUUGCCAGUUGGUUUGCCACCUGAAUUGGCAGAAGAAAUAAGAAAACCUAAAAAAGGCAGUGGCAUUAUUCAACCAAUACCUGGAAUGGUUGUCAAUAUUGAAAAAAAGAAGAAGAAGAAAAAGUCAGCUGUCAAUGAAGUUGCUGAUAGAUUAUCAAAAGUUGAAAUAAUAGAACCAACAUUUAAUGAAGCAGUUCAUCAACCUAACACAAUAUCAGCUUCAGAUCCAAAUAAAAGGUUAAAAAAUUUACGGAAAAAGCUUAGAGAUAUUGAAACACUUGAAGAAAAAAUAAAUAUUGGGGCUCUAAAUCCAGACAAAGAUCAAAAGGACAAAAUUUCAAAAAAGAUUGAAAUUAUAAAAGCAAUAGAAGAAUUAGAAAAAUGUAGUUUUUAA